AUGGCUGCGAUUCAGCUUCACUGCGAGGACAUUCGCGCUCAACUCAGCGCUUUUGCCCUAAUUACGGUGAUGGGUCUUCUCGUCUAUAACAUACCUGAGCCUGCAGCGUCAGGCGUAUUCGACCCCAACAACGCAUACCAAACGAAUGCCUCACCGGCGUCCGGGUCGGCCCCUUCCCAUGACCUGACGGGCAAUGAGCAGGAGCCCGUAAGUGUGACAGAUUUGGAAUGUCCAUGUUCUGGAUGCUACGAAUUUUCAAUCAUGCAAGCAGAUUCGCUGCAGGGUGUGUAA